AUGCCUGCUCUGGCUCCGCUCUGGCUCCGGCUCCCUCCGCAGCCUGCGGGCGGGGCUCCCAGCCCAUCCGGAGCCUCGCGGCGCCCCUGCCGCUCUGCCAGCAGCGCGGCCUCCCUGUUCCCAGCCUCCCGGCCUGGGGGGCCCCCCCGCCCAGCCGAGUUGCUGACCCGACUGCUUUCCCGCUGCCCCCAGCUGCGCUCGGGCCGCUGCAGCCUCGGCGCGCCCCCACCCCGCUUCCUGCCUCGGCAGCUUUGCCCGGACCGGGCGGCCGCCCUGGAUCGCACCCCGUUCCUUCCUUCCUUCAUUCUUUCAGGCAACUCGCAUUCCUCGAGCGCCUGCGACGUGCCCCGCACAAGGCCUCUCCGACCUUCCGAGUGUGGCCCACCGGGGUCCUCCCAGAAGCCUCUGCCCUCCUCACCCCGCCCUGGACUCUCCUCUCUGAUGUCCUGUUUCACUCAGAGGCAGGGCCCCUGGCAGGUCUUACAGUGGGACCAGAUGUAUGAAGGCGUUGACUUAAAAAAUAUGCACAACCUUAAAGCUCUUUUAAAUCUUUGUACAAACCAACGCCGCAUAGAAUGGUCUUCAAACAGCCAUCACAGCCCUGCUGUGCUUUCUGUGAGUUCGGGAAUCAGACAGAUGCUGGUUGAAAUGCGGGCUUUGUCAUCUAGCAGCUUUCCCAUCACAGCUGGUUGGAAGGACAGAGCUUCAGACCCUGUGAACUUGUCCUGGCUCACCCUGAUCCAGAACCACCUCACCUAUGAAAGCACCCUCCCUAGAAGAGAAUGGGGCUUGGGGUGUGGGGUAAGAAGGACGUGACCCAGAGGCCAGAGAACCUGGAGGCCAAACGUGUUAUCAUAGGUACGAGCAGUAAUUUUGUGAUCAGACUGACCUGUCUCUGCCACCAUUAGCUGUGUGACCAGCUAAAUGACACCACCUCUCAGCCUCAGUUUUUCAUCUGUAAAACUCCCAGUAGGAUCUCUUUCAUAGGGUUGUUGUAGAAAUUAAAUAAGACGUUCGAGGUAGAGUACCUGGCACAGGUGAGCUGCUUGAAAUUGGCUGCCCUUAUAAUUUUAUCAAGAUAAAGUCAAGGAGUUCCCGCCAUGGCUCAGCAGUAAUAAACCCAACUAGUAUC